CUCCACUUCGUUACUUUAACAACUGUUGCCUGUUCUCGGACUUUAAAAUUCCCUCCCAACUCUACUUCCGAAAUAGUGUAAUCCUUCAUUUCAUAAUAUGGACUCUCCUUCGCCGGACUAUAAACAACUCUUUCUAGAGGAGCAACGCCUAUGGCAGGAGGCAAAACGAGCGCGACAAGAGGCAGAACGAGGGCUCCAAGAGGCAGAACGAGCGCGACAAGAGGCAGAACGAGCGCGACAAGAGGCAGAACGAGGGCUCCAAGAGGCAAAACGAGCGCGACAAGAGGCAGAACGAGCCAUCCAAAAGACUACUCUCCCCGAGUUCCUCGACGUAUGCCAUGUCCACCUCCACUCUAAUCUGGCGGUCCAGACUGACCCAUAUCUGUCUACGGAGGGCGAUCCAUCGAACGCGAAUGACAAGGUUCGACCAGAGGAGAUCCGUGUUUGGGAGGACUUUCCUGAGCAGCAGGAGAAGAUGUGGCAGCUCCUUGUGGACGCCGACUUCAUUCAACAGCGUCACUUCACCUCGAUACAUACGCUGCAGGAGCUUGGGCCAAACAUAUUGCACCGCAAGUUAGCCUCGGAACUCGACCUCUAUCUUUUCGAACGCUCGACAGCCGAAGACCCAACCUCCCUCAUCCUUAAUCGAAUCUACGCGGAUCCGCAUCUACGCCGCAAAUAUAAUCUUAGAGGUUCGGUGAAGUUUGAAAAUCAUGACAAUACACUUAGUCCUGAGGCGGAGGUGGAGAGAGGUACAGAGCAAAUGGAUAUUUCUGGCCAGAGCCGUCGACGUUCACCUCGGCUGAGAGAGAGAGAGAGAGCGAUUGAUAUAGUAGGGGAAUCUGCUGGAAGCGGUGCCUCCCCGCCGGCCGGAAAAUGGAAAUUUGCACGGCCGCGCGCAGAUCAGUUCUGUGCGUACAACAUGUCAGGCGACGCGACAAACUCGGGUUCCCGAACUGCUAUAUUCGUCAUAGAAUACAAGCCUCCUUACAAGCUGACGCUGAACCACAUCUACGAAGGACUCGAGGAUAUGAAACUUGAAGAUGUCGUCAUUUCGAAGGACACGGACGGAUCGAAGGAGCUCUGCCGGAGGUUGCUUGCGGCUACGAUCACUCAAGCGUUCUCAUACAUGAUCAUGGCAGGAUUGGAGUUUGGGUGCGUACGCACCGGCGAGGCAAGCAUCUUUCUUCGGGCCCCAGAAGAUCCGCGGACUGUCUACUACUUCUUGUCAGUCCCCAAGAAUGACGUUGGCGAAUCUACAGGAUGGGACUUGGAAGGCGACAGCGACAACCGGUUACACCUCACUGCUGUCGGCCAGAUGCUGGCUUUCACCCUUCAGGCACUUCAGACGACGCCACGAAGUCAUUCCUGGAGGAGCGAUGCUUUAUCAAACCUGCCGAAGUGGAAUGUGAUCUACAACGAGGUGCUGGAAGCGAUACCUGUCGACGAGGUGGAUGGGUCAGAGUAUCAGCCGUCCCCGCACUCUGAGCUGAUUCGAGCAUCUCCGAUUCGCCUACGUCAUCGACCGCGGCGGCGGAGUUCUUCACCCAAAUCGACGAGAGCAGAACGCAAGUCACAGCCAUCGACGUCGACAAGCAACCGCAGUGUUAGCGGUGCCCGACAGCAUUGCACUCACGAAUGUCUUCUUGGGUUACUGAAUGGAGGGGCCCUUGACCAGGCUUGCCCUAACACUCCAGAGCACGGUCGCGGCCAUCAUCAGAUAGGGCAUAAGAAGUUCCUUGCCCUCCUACGAGAACAACUGAGCAAGACUAUGGACGAAAACUUUGACCCUGCGAGCCGACCUGGAAGCCGCGGCGUCUGCUUCACCGUCACUCUUGCUUCACACGGAUAUACGUUUGCCGCAAAGUGCAGCCCUUACUGGUUUGCUAAAGAUCUUGAGUACGAGGCAUCGGUCUACCAGUGCCUUCGACCGAUCCAGGGUCGUUACAUACCAGUCUGCCUUGGCCAUCUUGAGCUCCCUCAGCCGUAUUAUUCUGAGAUACCCACACUGACACACGCCUUACUGCUGAGCUACGGUGGCACACCAACUUCGCGACAUGUGAACGCCUCGAACAUGGAGCGGCUCCUCUAUCAGGCUGAGGCUUGCCUGAAAGCGAUACAUGCGCAUGGUGUCCGUCACUGUGACGCGCUGUGUCGGAACGUGCUCCUUGACACAAGCACCGGCAGAGUCAUGGUAAUCGAUUUUGAACGCGCGAAGAUCGAGCGUCCUCGACCUGGGUUGGGGCGGGACGAGACAGUGUCUCCGAAGCUGAGCGAUCAUCCACCUUCAGAAGGCGGGCAGUUAAGAGCUGAGCUGCAAGACUUAGUGAAGGCUGCUGGCGGAAACCGCCAUACGGCACCUGACAGGAGGACUGGAGUAUUGUAGUAUUGUUCACUGUUGAGGAUCACGUGUUGACUACGUGAUCGCGCUAGCUUAGCGUAUAUAGCCGGAGCUUUCAGCUCUUAUACCUUCUUUCUUAUCCGUCGUCGUGCAAUGGGGUUUUAUUGGCGGCUGCAUUGCAUUGGGCAUAGCUAGUAGAGACAGACAAUAGGAGCGGUCGACCAUAAUGACCUUACUGCUCAGCCUGGAUAUGCGUGCAGCGACAACUUUGGGUUUUGGUCGGGACAAUGGGCCCAGCUAGUGGGGGGUGUGGGGAACAUCAGGGAGGUUGGUCAGAAAAAUCAGUAGCAGG